CUGGGCGUGUCCCCGCUGUCUCAGCCCCAUCAUGGCGGCGGCCUCUCCCUCACGGCCCUGACGCGGUUCCGGCGGCCAUGGCGGCGGCGGCGGCGGCGGCUCCGGGCCCGGCCGAGGCUCCCGCGGCUCCUCCGGAGCUCAAGAGCCGCUUCCGCACCCGCGAGGGCUCCUACCGCCUGCUGGGCCCCGCCACCGCCGCCGCCGCCGCCGCCGCCAGCGGGGCCGAGCCCGCCGGGCCCGCCCCGCCGGGCCCCGGGGCGCUGCCGCCGGUUCGGCUCUCGGUGGUGAGGCUGGCGAGGAACCGGAGCCCGCCCGGAGGAGCCGCCGAGAGGAGCCGGGUGUGCUGUAACCUCGGCAGGGAGUUGCAUUUCUAUGGAGGGGCAGGAGCUGGAGGACGCGGCAGCCGGAGGUCCCUGGACCUGCACCGGCCCAUCGACAAACGCGUCUACAAGGGCACCCAGCCCACCUGCCACGACUUCAACCAGUUCACGGCGGGCGCCGAGACGCUGGCGCUGCUGGUCGGCUUCUCGGCCGGGCAGGUGCAGUACCUGGACCUGGCCAAGAAGGACAGCGCCGGGCGGCUCUUCAACGAGGAGCGCCUCAUCGACAAAUCCAAGGUCACCUUGGUCAGGUGGCUGCCGGACACCGAGCGCCUGUUCCUGGCCUCCCACGCCAGCGGCCACCUGUACCUGUACGACUCGGAACAACCCUGCACCUCCAGCACCCCCCAGUACACCCUCCUGACGCAAGGAGAAGGCUUCAGGGUCUUCUCCAGCAAGAGCAAGACCCCCAGGAACCCCCUGCUGAAGUGGGCGGUGGGCUCGGGGCCGCUGAACGAGUUCGCCUUCUCGCCGGACGGGCGGUGGCUGGCGUGCGUCAGCCAGGACGGCGUCCUCAGGGUGUUCCACUUCUCCUCCAUGCUCCUCCAGGGGAUGAUGAGGAGUUAUUUCGGGGGUCUCCUCUGCGUGUGUUGGAGCCCCGACGGUCGUUAUGUUGUCACUGGUGGUGAAGAUGACCUGGUGACGGUGUGGUCGCUGGCCGAGGGCCGGGUGGUGGCGCGAGGACACGGCCACAAGUCGUGGGUGAACGCGGUGGCCUUCGAUCCCUUCAUGGGUGGGCGAGGGGAGAGCCCCGAGACCCCCCAGGACCCCUCGGGGGUGGCGUAUCGCUUCGGCUCGGCCGGCCAGGACACCCAGUUCUGCCUCUGGGACCUCACCCAGGACGUUCUGGAAUCUCGGGGGUCCCUCCCUCGGCUUCGCCCGGCGCCCGGAGACCCCCAGCUCAACCUCUCGGCUUUGCCUCGUUCUUUAUCCCGCUCCAACAGCCUCCCCCAAACCGGGGCGGGGGGUCCCCAAAUCUCACCCCGAGCCCCCCCGGCGUUGAGCGCGGGGCGUUUCGCCACCCUGACGCUGCGGGACCCCCGAGGAGGAGGAGGAGGAGGAGGAGGAGGAGGAGGAGGAGGAGGAGGAGGAGGAGGAGGAGGAGGCCAGCCCGAAAAGGAGCAGCACAAACGUUACCACAGCUUGGGCAACAUCAGCAGGGGAGGGGGAAACGCCGAGAAAACCCCCCCGGGGGGUGGUCCCGGGGGGUCUCGGGGGUCUCUGGACAUGGCCAAGGUGUUGGGGACGGCGCUGUGCCCCCGGCUGAACGAGGUGCCGCUGCUGGAGCCGCUGGUGUGCAAGAAAAUCGCGCAGGAGAGGCUGACGGUGCUGCUGUUCCUGGAGGAUUGUAUCGUGACAGCGUGCCAGGAGGGGCUGAUCUGCACCUGGGCACGGCCUGGGGUCUCUGUGAGUCUGGGGAGGGGUGCCAGGAGGGGCUGA